UGGACUUUCCAGAUCACAAGUUCACACACACUCUCUCUCUCUCCAUUUCCCCUUCUUUCAAAAGUCCAAUAAGCGGAGGAGCGGCCAAGCGAGCCAACCCGACCUCUCGUCGGUUUUCUCCGGAAGAAACGCAUAACCGCCGGCGGAGCGAAGACAGUGGAAGGAAGACAGGCACUCAGCGAGUCAACUUGUUAGCGAGUGAUUGAGCAAGAGAGAGGCAACAUAGAGCAGCAAUGGCGGAAAAGGAAUGUGAACUGGGCGACGAGCAGAAGAAAGAGAUCGCCAAAUGGUUCCUCCUAAACGCUCCUUCCGGCGAAAUCCAGUACAUCGCCAAAGAUUUGAGAUCGGUGUUGAAUGACGAUAAAGUGUAUGAUGAAGCGACCUCGGAGGCGUUCCCUCUCUACAACAAAUUUCACUUGAUUUGCCUCGAACUUCCCUGCCGGAGCGGCGACGUCUUGAUUACGCCAUACAAUGAGCUCGAGGAGAAUCAGUUUAUCGAGCCUCGUACUGCACAGAUUGUCACAAUUGAUCAUGUCAAGCAAGCUUGUACAGAGGCGAGACCUGCAGCCGACGAGGAACUAGCAUCCCCUUAUGUUGAGGAAUUCCGGUACGAUUUGUUUGACUUUGUGUAUGUCUUUGUUGAGACUUCUCGAAAAGAUGGCUUAGAAUGUUGUGCACUUGACGCGGAAAUACUGAAAUAUGUCGAAGACGCUUAUCCAAAAGGUGUCUGCUCUGUCUACUGUGUUGAUGGGAAAGAUGCUGAGGGGCCCGGAUGUAAUUUUGAGUUUGCCGUGGUCAUAGCAGCUGUAAGAAACAGCCCAAAGAAUUUCUGCAAUGGAAGUUGGAGGUCAGUGUGGAACAUAAAGUUCAAAGAUGAUUUACAAGUACUGGAAAUCAAAGGAAAAUUGCAGGUGGAUGCCCAUUAUUUUGAAGAGGGAAAUGUUCAGCUUGAUGCAGAACAAGAAUUCCAAGAUGGAACAAUCUUUCAGGCACCAGAUGAUUGUGCAAUUUCGAUAGCCAAUACAAUUCGUCACCACGAGACAGAGUACAUGGGGUCUCUUGAGGCAUCAUACUCGAAUUUGCCAGACACGACUUUCAAGGAUCUAAGGAGGAAGCUUCCAGUCACAAGGACUCUCUUCCCGUGGCACAACACCUUACAGUUCAGUCUGACAAGAGACAUCCAGAAGGAACUUGGAAUUGGGAAGUGAACAUCCAGAACGUGAGACAUGUAUGUCGGGUACCUGUGGAUGACCAUGAACGAUAGUUAUUUGGAUAACCCCCCUGCGACUUCAAAGGCGCUGUGUUUACUUCGUGCGCCCCUUUGUCAUUGCAUACUGUUGACGUUCCGUCAUUGCUUACCCUCAGUUUUGGUGUUGUACCAUCACACUUUUGACAGGCUUGUGUAUAGUUCAAUAUAUCCGUCUAUAUGUUGUGAGAAACCUUAUGUUAGUUUUGCCCCCCUGAAUGAUAUGAGUUACUGUGCUGCUGAAGUUUGUUGCUCGCUGUUUUCGUGUUUGUUUUUGGAUUCCCCCUCUUUGAUCAAUCUAUUUUGAAUCCAUUUCGGUCUCGCAUUGGAAGAUGCC